CGGAAGUGCGUCUUCUGUUCGCGGGCGUGCGGGGCCGGCGGUUGCAUUAGCGCUGAGCCGAGCCGGUGUCGGGGGGAUGGCGGCCGCCGCGGAGCUGCAGGGGAAGUACCAGAAGCUGGCUCAGGAGUACUCCAAGCUGGACUCAGACAUGUCAAAUGAAUACAAACUGCCAUUGAAGAAACCAGGAAUCAAGCAAUUAUCAAGGAAUGGGAAGAUGGAACUGUCGGUAUCCUCAUUGCUGCAGGGUAGAGCUUCGAGCUCAGAACCAAGUACUGAAAAAAGGGGUUGUAGAUGAGCAAGCAAACUCUGCUUCUCUGAAGGAGCAACUGAAGAUGAAGGAUCAAUCACUGAGAAAGCUGCAACAAGAAAUGGACAGCUUGACCUUUCGAAAUCAGCAGCUUGCCAAGCGAGUGGAGUUACUUCAAGAUGAACUUGCAUUAAGUGAAGCUAGGGGCAAGAAGAACAAGAAAAGUGCAGAAUCCUCAUCUCAGUUGAGUCAAGAGCAGAAAAGCGUCUUCAGUGAAGAUCUUCAGAAGAAGAUAGAAGAGAAUGAACGACUACAUAUACUUUUCUUUGAAGCAGAUGAGCAGCACAAACGUUUAGAAGCGGAGCUGAGAACUAGACUUGAGGUUUUGGAAACUGAUGCUGCCCAGCAUCAAGCUGUGGUGGACAGUUUAACGAGGAAAUACACAGAUACCAUAGAAAAGCUGCAGAAUGAUAAAGCCAAAUUAGAAAUCAAGUCUCAGACACUAGAAAGAGAAGCUAAGGACUGUAGGCUUCGAACUGAAGAAUGCCAGCAACAGUUAAAGAAUCUUCAAGCAGCUUUGGGCAGUAGACUGGAAGAAUCUCUCUGCAUAAUCAAUGAAAAAGUACCUUUUAAUGACACAAGAUCUAAUCGGUACAAUGCUCUGAAUGUACCGUUACACAACAGAAGAUAUCAGCUGAAGUUGCGAGACCUUGCUGGCCAGGCGCUGGCUUUUGUUCAAGAACUUGUAACAGCUCUUUUGAACUUCCAUACGUACACUGAGCAGAAGGUACAGAUCUUUCCAAUUGAUUCUGCAACAGACACUAUAUCACCGUUAAAUCAGAAGUUCUCACAGUAUCUUCAUGAAAAUGCUUCGUAUGUUCGCCCUCUGGAGGAAGGAAUGCUUCACUUGUUUGAGAGUAUUACAGAAGAUACUGUGACAGUCCUGGUAAGAUUUAUUUUUAGUAUUGAAAAAGAUGUUUACGCAGCAAAAAUACUUAUGUGUUGUUUUUCCUUCCAGGAAACAGCUGUGAAAGUGAAGGCCUUCUCAGAACACUUAGCUUCCUACCUAUGCUUUUUAAGAAAGAUUCUUCCUUAUCAGUUAAAAAGUUUGGAAGAAGAGUGUGAGUCUUCUCUUUGCACAGCUGCUUUAAGAGCUAGAAAUAUGGAGCUCCACAGAGACAUGAAAAGGUUGACUGCAGUCUUUGAGAAGCUACAUACAUACGUUAGUCUUCUCGCAUUACCAAGUACAAAACCAGAAGGACUUCUUAGGACAAAUUACAACUUGGUGUUUACAAACAUUGCUGCAAGUCUUCAUGGAUUUCAUGACAUUUUAAAAGAUAUUUCCAAGCACUACAGUCAGAAAGCUACUUUAGAACAAGAUGUUCCAACUGCCACACAGAAACUCAUAACUACAAAUGACUGUAUUUUAUCCUCUGUUGUGGCUUUAACAAAUGGAGUGGGCAAGAUUGCAUCAUUCUUUAGCAACAACUUGGAUCACUUCACUGCUUCGUUGAGCUAUGGCCCUAAAGGAGGAACAGAGUUCAUCAGCCCUCUUUCAGCCGAGUGUAUGCUGCAGUACAAGAAAAAGGCAGUUGCUUAUAUGAAGAAUUUGAAGAAGCCUUGUACAGAUUCAGUGCCUUAUGAAGAGGCUUUAGCCAAUCGCAGAGUUCUUCUGAGUUCCACAGAAAGUAGAGAAGGCCUUGCACAACAGGUCCAGCAGAGUUUGGAGAAAAUUGCAAAACUUGAACAAGAAAAAGAACACUGGAUGUUGGAGGCCCAGCUAGCUAAAAUAAAGCUAGAGAAAGAAAACCAGAAACUGAAGAACUCUCUUAGUGGACAUUUAACCGAAACUACACAAGAGCGUUCCGUUUUGCCAAAUGUAGCUGAACAAAAGAAGGAAACGACAGAAAAGAGUCUGAAGGAACCUAUUAAGAGUACUAGUCUGAUUGGAAUGUUGACUAUAACUACUGAUAAUGAAAAGGCUCCAGAUGUUGAGUCUCGUGAAGACCUGAUAAAAAACCACUACAUGGCAAGGAUAGCAGAACUGACAUCUCAUCUGCAGCUUGCUGACAGCAAAUCAGUACACUUUCAUGCUGAGUGUCGAGCACUUGCCAAAAGACUGUCUUUAGCAGAGAAGUCCAAGGAAUCGCUCACGGAAGAGUUGAAACUAGCUAGUCAAAACAUCAGUAGAUUACAGGAUGAAUUGAUGACGACCAAGAGAAGUUACGAGGAUCAGUUAAGUAUGAUGAGUGACCAUCUCUGCAGCAUGAAUGAAACUUUAACUAAACAAAGGGAAGAAAUUGAUACACUAAAGAUGACUAGUAAGGGAAAUUCUAAAAAGAACAAAAAUCGAUAGCUUACAGCUAAUCAACUGUCUUCGGAAGCUGCUGCUGCACGAGAUGCAGAUAGUGAACAUUCAUUGUCCAAUUCCUGUUUGUUCCAGGAAGCAGAGGGUGGCAUUGGGUCUAGUAAAAACUGAUUUGGUGCUGUAAAUGGCUUUAAAAAUAUUUAGAACUUGUAACAAAUAAAACGAACUUAAUGUUGGCUCUAAACCAGGAAAUACACACUCUGUGGAUAAUUUAUAUAGUAAUUACCUUCAGUUUUUACUGUGCACUUUUUAAAAAAAGGUUUUAAUUUCAUGUAAUAACUUCAGAUUUUGUAUAUUUUCAGAUAUGAUUAUGCAUUAACAAAUUUGGAUCAGUGCAGUAGUUGUCUAUUUUUGAGUUACACAUUAAAUUGUCAACACGUGUACAGUCCUUUACUUGUUAAUAACAGUUUAAAAACUAGUUUUGAGACUUUGGCCAUGCAAGCUGUGCAGUUACUGUAAAUGUAUUACUCCUGUUCUCAGCCCUUUUGAAUUAAUUGGAAUUGUGGCUUUAAAUGAUUUCUAUAAAUUCACACCAGUAAAUGGGAUCAUUAUUUUAUUUUAGACUGCAAUAGUGGAAACUUUUGCUGCUUGUAUUUGGCACUUUGGAUUUUGAAGUAAAGAGCACAAAUAGCUGAAUUGGGAUACUUCCAUGAAAUUGCUUUAAGCCCUUACUUAGGCAUUUUGUUUACACGUAUAUGUAUAUAUAUUGGUUGAAAUAACUGUUUAAAGCUAGAGGGAAUUGUGAUCGUAAUUUGCCCCAAAGAGUGAAACAAUAUGUGUGUAGAAUAACUCAGCUUACUGUGCUCUCUUACAGUAAAGAAUAUGAAAUAUGUAGAAGAUUUAAACACUGAAAUUGCAAAAAGUCUUCAUGGAAUUAACUCCUGAUGGAUUCAUUGGGGGGAUGCACGUGGCUUUUCCUGAGUUUUGGGAAGUUUGUUAACUUUAGGUCUCUCCUAAGAUUUUUUUAAAGUGAAGUCUAAUACCAUGAAUUUUCACAGCAUUGAUUUUUUUUUUUAAAUUAUUAAUCAGAUGCUGUGCUGCUCCACACUUUACACUGAUCUUCGGUUCCAUAAUUUGCAUUAUGGCACUUAUUUGUUCCAUAAAGGUUUACUCUGAUAUCAGCUGUGUCAAUAUGUACUAUUAGUAUGUAAUAAUAAAAUCAACUACACAAAACUA